CCGCCCCGCCCGACAUCUCUGCCCCCCUCACGGAUCGUGCGAGCUCCCGCGUUCCGGCGACGCUGCGCAAGCGGUUCCCGGCUGCCGCUUGGUUGUGGUCCCGGUUUUGCUCUAGAACGCCGCCUCCCUGGAGGCCCGCGCGCUCCCCCACUUCCUGCUCCGGCCCAUUUCCCGCGCUCGGCUUGAAGAUUCCGUCCCGCCCAGGAGGCAGAGCUCGUGUCCAGCCAGCCGCAGAGGAACCACGGGUUCCGCCCCCCGCGAAGUUUUGGAGUUGUAAUUGACAGAAGUCGUACAGGGGACAGGAUUUAGUCUUCCCAUACUCCUGAUCCAAUGAAGAGAAAAUGGGAAGCAACACUGAAGCAGAUUGAGGAGCGAGCAUCCCAUUAUGAGAGGAAACCGUUGUCCUCGGUGUACAGACCGAGGUUGUCCAAGCCAGAAGAACCACCUUCCAUUUGGAAACUGUUUCAUCGGCAAACUCAGGCUUUUAAUUUUGUUAAAAGCUGUAAACAGGAAGUUCAUGUAUUUGCUUUGGAAUGCAAAGUGGGUGAUGGACAGCGUAUUUACCUCGUAACAACCUAUACUCAACUUUGGUUUUAUUAUAAAUCCCGAAGAAAUCUCUUACACUGCUAUGAAGUCAUUCCUGAAAAUGCUGUGUGCAAGCUUUAUUUUGAUUUGGAAUUUAACAAACUUGCCAAUCCAGGAGCUGAUGGGAAAAAGAUGGUUGCAUUACUCAUUGAGCAUGUUUGUAAAGCACUUCAAGAGUUUUAUACAGUUAACUGUUCAGCUGAAGAUGUUCUCAACUUGGAUUCUAGCACUGAGGAAAAAUUUAGCCGCCAUUUAAUAUUUCAACUCCAUGAUGUGGCAUUUAAAGAUAAUAUUCAUGUUGGUAAUUUUGUGCGAAAAAUCUUGCAGCCUGCUUUUCACUUAAUUGCCAGUGAAGAUGAGGAUAUGACCCCAGAGACGACGGGCCGUGAAUUUACCCAUUUUUCUGAAACACCAAGUGAACAAGAAACUUGCUUUAGUAAAAUGUCCACAGAUAACAACGUAGGAGAGAGCCGGACAUCGAAUUCAGAGAAAUUGGGGAGGCUGGGGUCAGCUCAGCAAAGCAGUCCUGAUCUUUCAUUUUUAAUAGUGAAGAAUGACAUGGGAGAAAAGCGUCUUUUCGUGGAUCUGGGAGUUUACACAAGGAAUAGAAACUUUCGACUGUAUAAAUCAUCAAAACUAGGAAAGUAUGUGGCUUUGGAAGUUGCUGAAGAUAACAAAUUUUCUCCUAUACAAUCGAAGAAUAUUUCGAAAGAAAAUCAAUACUUCCUGUCUUCUUUGGUCAGCAAUGUCAGGUUCUCAGAUGCUUUACGAAUUCUGACAUGUGACAUACCUCAAAGUAAACAGCGAGUUCAGUGUUUCAGUCGUACCAGUACUUCAGUAGAAACCAUUGAAGGUUUUCAGUGUUCACCUUACCCUGAAAUUGAUCAAUUUGUUCUCUCACUGGUGAAUAAAAAUGGCAUUAAAGGAGGAAUUCGGCGGUGGAACUACUUUUUCCCAGAAGAAUUGUUGGUUUAUGACAUUUGUAAAUACCGCUGGUGUGAAAACAUUGGAAGAGCCCACAGGAGUAAUAAUAUCAUGAUUUUGGUUGACCUGAAAAAUGAAGUUUGGUAUCAAAAAUGUCAUGACCCUGUCUGCAAAGCAGAAAACUUCAAAUCUGACUGCUUUCCACUCCCUGCUGAAGUAUGUCUUCUGUUUCUUCUCAAAGAGUGUUAUGGUUAAAAUGAAAGUUACCUGCUAGAGCUGCUUGAGUUUAUAAUCUAGGUAACUCUCUGGUACGUAGUCAACUUUAAAAACAUCUCUCCUGAAAAAAUUUAUACUGAAAUGGUAGAAACCUCCUUGAUCUGUAGGAGCUGGAUAUAAAAUACCUGAUCGCCAGUCUCUAGGUUAAAAAGUGUUUUCAAAGAACCAAACUUUGUCUCUGAGAAUAUUUCAUCCUAGUUUAUUUGAAGUGUUAUUUUGAUAAAUGGCUGUGGUUUUAGUGGGUUUCUGAAAGUUUUUUUUUUUCCUGCUAAUCCAAUAAUACCUUGAAAACACCAAAUUGUAAGUACCUUUGGUGUCCAGUAUUACCACUGCUUGGAUUUAACUUAUUUUAGCUUUUUACUUAAAAACUGAAUGAUAGGUUUAUUAUACUGUUUAACAGUUAACACUUUUAGUAUUUUAAGCUAAACUCCAGUGUUACUGAUAUUUGCCUGUUUUCUAUUGCAAUGAAAGAGUUUUAACCUGCAGAAAUGCUGCAGAAGAACAAGGAACCCUCCUGUGCGCCUUUUCUUGAUUGGUUCUUAAACACUUGGCCACACUUGUUUUCUCCCGCUACUGUACACAUGACACAUUAUUUUUGAUGAAUCUUG